UGUAGAGCAUAAAAGCGAAGAAUCCGGAGUAAAACAGCGAGAGCGAGAUCGUUCGGGCUGUGCGCGCGUGUUGCAUCAUGAUCUCGCGUGAUCUCGGAUCCUUGACUUCGCACCAAUCCUGAAUGGCGCAGGACAGGCUGAUCGAGAGCGUUGAUCGCCGCAUCCGCAGCAGGGAGAGUUUCACCAGCACGAGCAUCGCGCUCGCGAUCACCACAAAUUUACCCGCGGUCAACUGAUGUGGGUUAGUCGCUCGAAGGAUCAUUAGUGGUAGACUCUUCAUCACGCCCACGUCGAAGCAGUACCACGGUGACUCAUAGAUAGCGUAAGCAAGCCCUUCCGAUUGGAAUUCCAGUGUCUGUCCGGCGAAGCAGUAGAUGAAGAGUUGCACCAACAGUAUGACGAUAUAAAGUACAUGUUUCAUGGCGGCGAAUGUCUCGCUUGUCGCGAGCGCGAGGAGCAAUUGAAAUCCUGGAAAUUCCACGAAACGACAGUGAACGUAAUCACAGCAGGAUGGUGUGCCAUGCGUAUGAGACGAUGAUGCCUCUUCAACAAGUUGUCGAGCUGGGCGCGGUAAAGCAACCCCUCACAGCUUACUGCCGCGAAGUCCAUCCUGAGAACUUCGAAUUGUCCGCACGUGUGCAUUGUGAGGGUGAAGAAGAAGCCGUCGUUCCCGCAUUGCGAGAUGCAGUUGACGAAGAUCUGCAGCGACUGCAGGAUCUCGACCAAGCCGUAAGCGAAGGACGUGUAUGUGCUGAAGACACAGUACGCAGCCAAGAGUAAUUUCUUCUCGUGCGUUUUGUUGUAAAUCUGCUCUUCCUCGUCGUCCCAUGGCAUCUUUAUAUCGCUGAGCAAAAGCGAGGAGAAGAGGAACACACAGGAGGCGCAGCCGAGGGAGAGGAACACCAUGGCGCCGAGCCGACCUUUACGCGCGUACUUCAGCAUGAUGUCACGCGAGGACGCGUCCUUCACGAAGGUCCAAUCGUGAACGAUGGACUCCACCAGGAUCAGCUUGUGCCUCCAAUUCAGGCGAUGCAAGAGCAGCUUCGAAAUGCUGAUCACCGACGAGAACGCCGACAGGAAGGCGUUCAGGACGUCCUCGUAGUCCUUGCAAUGUCGGAUGACCUCUAGUGACAAACUAAUCAUCGUGCUCAUCUGGUUGGAGAAAAUAAAAAUGAAUACAUUGCUUUCGUACAAACAUUUCAUAUGUAGGCAGUUUGAAAAGUUCUCGACCUGACACGUACAUGGCAUUAGAAACUGUCAAAC